AUGCCACGUUCUUCUAUUGUCAAACUUUCAGCCCGGAAUGCUGGAUUCUACCACGUCCCCAAACUUGACGACGAAGCCACCCACAAGGCAAACGAGCUCCUACAGGCCAAUCAUGACAAAUUCCACAUCUUCUUCAAUGACCGUGGAUUCCACAACCACACGGCGCACUACCUCUUGUCGGCAUAUGCUCUGGGCGCGACAGCCGAAGAACUGCAGCGAAUGAACGACAGUCAGGUCACGAUGCAAGUCCCGCGGCAGCCACAAGCCGACCGCAUUCCGAAAGACCUAUCCGACGCAACCACCUUCCUCGAAUGCAUGAGCAAGCCCGAGUUCUUCCACGACUACGUCCUCUUCUUCGAAGCCGAAGUCGACAAGAAGGGCGUCGGCCCCGUCGUGCGCGAAUAUCUCUUCUCCGACACCCCCAUCGCAAAAGAAAUGCUCCCCAGACUCUACGCAAGCUUCCUCCACCCCCUCAUUCACCUCGGCUUCGGCCUCGAAUUCGACCAACCCGCCAUCACCGUCGAAGGCCUCGCGCAAACCGCCGUCCACCAAAACGAAGUCGCGUCCGUCCUCCUCGCCGCGGACGAAGCCUCCAAGACAGCCACCCCCCGCCCAAUGACCGACCUCAUCCACGAGGUCCGCCGCAGCGGCAUCGGCCAGCACCCAUGCUGGGGCAACGGCGGCACCAUCCCGGACUCCCCGCUGCUCGCCGCGCCCGCCGAACUCGCCGCCAUCGCCGGCGCGUGGCAAGUCGACCCGGACGACUUGGAGGCCAAGACGGCGGAGAUGGUGUCGGUCUGCGCGUACUUCACGGCCGCGGCGCAGCGGCCGCCGAAGAAGGUGAAGCUGGAUUUCUUCUUCAUGCAUAAUGUGAACUGCUCGAUUUUCAUGAGCGCGAUGCUGGCGCUGCCGUGGUUGGGUAGGAGCGAGAAGGCGAGGCUGCUGGAGUGGAAGGGGCGGUGCGAUGUCAUCGCGUACGCGAAUAGGGGGGCGCCGUCGCUGGAUGUGGACGAGAUUGUGGGGUAUGUGCCGAAGGUGCCGGGUAGGUGGAUGGAUAUUUUCAAGCGGGUGAACGACUUCGAUGAUGAUUCGCAUCUUACGAAGUUGGUCAGAGCGCUGGCGGCGGGGGAGCGGUUUUGUAAGCCCUAUGAGGGCGUUGAUGAUGCGCGGUUCCCGGUCAGGGGAGACAUGUACCUCAAGAUUGCGCAUAUGGCAGUGGAUACGGUGCCGGGAGAGACGUAUUUCAAUCGGUGGGUUCGCGGUGCUGGGUUUCCGUCUCAGUGGGAGCCGUUUCCCAAUAGGGGCGAAGAGUAA